CUUCCUUCCUGUCCGGGAGCUCUGGGUGAACUUGUGACACCUUCUGCCCUUUGGGAGCAACACAACAGUGCUCAUGACGUGUACCGUUUCAAAACAAACCAUCAAUCUCACAUUCCCAACAAAACCUUUUGACCUCCCCUCUGAAUACGUCUCAGCCCUCAGAACCAGGAACACAAACAUUAAGCCAUGCACAACUACCAGUAGCUCAUAAUCGCAGAUCCACUUUGACAGUUUCAAACUACAAGUUUCAUUUAAAUUAUAGAAAUAUCUGUAACUCUAUUGUGCAAUGUUACUUCUGCUUUGAUGAAAAUUUCAUUAUUUUAUUUAAUUUUUUACAGUAUGUUGAUCAUCACUUUAGUAGGCUAGCUAACUCAGCUAGACAAUUUAUCCAGUAGCUUGGAAGUUUCUACAAUUUGAGUACUGCUCCUGGUAUUUUGAAUAUGCCAAUUUUAAUACCUAAAUAUUUUCUUGAAGGGAUAUUAAUACAUUACACAUUGUAUUUUCUUGUUUGUUACUUUGAGGAAUGGGAGAAUCAUGUAUCUGGUAAUAUGGACAUCUGGGGUAUAUUUUAGUCACUUUGACGGUGAGCAGAACCUGAAGUGACACAUAUGUCGUUAUGUGUAAUUUGGCGAGUCGUACAGUAGUGACCACCUGCAGCAAAUGAAGGGAAGAAAAACAGUAACUAUCAAAUCUAACUGCAGUUUCUGUUUUUAAUUUUUCAGUUGUUAUGCAAUAUUUUUAAUGAUAGAAAAAUGAGUAGAUAAUGACCGUAUGUUUAUGUUUGUUUUUAUUAAUGAUCGAGGCAGAAAACUAAACAAAUUCCUUUGUCUACGAUAACAUCCUUUGCGAUUAUGCCUUUCUUGAUCUAUCACAGUAUGUGAUAUGUAGUACUAUUUGGACAAGUAAGGGCGAAGUGGUUUAAAAAUGACCACAUAACUGGUCAAAGGGCAAAGAGGCAAAGGCUACAGACCUCCUCUAAGUUCAGCCCACAGUAGCUGCACUAAUGGCCAAACACGUGGUUGAGAGCUUCAGUGUGCAGGUCUAAAGAAGUGAAGUGAUUACGCUGAGCUCGGUGAAAGUGUAUGAAAUGAAUGACUGUAGUCCCAGAUAUUACAACCAGGAGACUCAAUAUUAAGAGUAUUUUCCCUGAAAAUACACAUUUUUGAAACCAUACCUACUGAUGUAAGAACUAUUGAUGUACGUUGGCUAUAUUCCUCACCUAAAACAGAACUAUGGACACCUCGGACCACAGACUAUCUCCAGGUGCCUCUGAAGGAUGGCGCCAUUUACCAGCCCCUCCCCCACCUCAUCUGACUCGCGACCAUUAUGCUAGUUCCGAUGACGUUUUGAAAAUUAACGAAUUAAAGUAUUUUUUUGAACGUUUGGACUUUUCAUACAAGAUAGUAUGUAUUUAGCUAACCUAGCUAGCUAGGCCAGCCAACAGUCCACAAUGAUGAAGAAUUCUGUAACACCCGAUUUAGUGACACCCGUUCAGUCCGACGGGGAACAAAUAUUGAAACGUCCACAUCGAAAAGACAAAGCGAAUUGUGCUGAUAAAGAUGCUGAAACUGCCCAAGAAGAGAAGGACUGUGAGAAGGCACGUUGGUGCGACUUUAAAAGUCUGCAUCUUCCACGACUAAAUAAACUCUCUCUGAGGAUAUUUGGAAGUGAAGGCGCUGUUAAAAAAGAAUGUGAUCGUCAAAAACAAACAGGACAGUGGGUGAUCCAUCCUCUGAGUCCCAUAAGGCACUACUAUGUCCUGUUUAUGGUCCUGUUGACAUUUGUGAGCCUUGUGACAGUUCCACUGGAGAUGGCAUUCGCUGCAGAAGCAUUUAGCUCCAUUAGUAAUGACUGGUUGGCCUUUAAUUUAUUUUCUGACAUCCUGUUUAUAAUUGAUGUUGGCCUUAAUUUUCGGACAGGCAUUCUCACAGAGGACAGUGAGAUCGUUAUCCUUGAUCUGAAAGCAAUAAGGAAUGAAUACCUCAAGACCUGGUUUAUACCAGACAUUCUGUCUGCGUUCUCCAUUGACUUGGUCAUUGCUCUAGUGGAUGUAUUUUUCCAUGGUAGCAACACAGCUGAAAUACUAAGUGGAAAGAUGAUAAAGGUGCUGAUGUUUGCCAGAGUAUUAAGUCUGAUUCGUGUACUGCGUAUGUCAAGGCUGGUGAGAUUUUUUCGUUAUUUGCAGCGGGAUUGGGAUAAAAAUCUUCAGUUUUUUUUCAGAAUUGUAUUUUUAUUCAUACUGAUGGUUUUGCUAUGUCACUGGAAUGGCUGUAUUCAGUACUUCAUUCCAAUGCUACAAGGAUUUCCAUCAGACUGCUGGACUGUAAAAGAGAACGUUGUGAAUGGUACAUUUGCGGAAAAAUACUUAUUUAGCAUGUUUCGAGCUGUAUCUCACAUGGUCAAGAUUUCCUAUGGAUCCAAUGACCCACCCACAGAUGAGCUGGAGAUGUGGGUUGUCAUGACUAGUAUGUUGUCUGGAAUUGUUAUGCAUAUUAUGAUAUUUUCCAGUGUGCUAACAAUGAUGAUUGACACCGAUGGAUCAGAAACCACUUUCAAGAAAAAGAUGAAACAUAUAGAAGACUACAUGACCUAUAAAAGGCUUCCUAGAGAACUGCGCACUCGUAUCAGGGAAUAUUACCGGGCACGCUACAAAGGAAGAUGGGUCCAUGAGAAUUCCCUCAGUUUGGUGUCAAAAUCUUUGAAAGAGGAAACUCUGACAGUGUUAUGUGCACACUUGCUGAAGAAUGUGCCCAUGUUUCAGAAGUGUGAUACAAAUUUAAUCAGUGCCAUUGUUUUAAAACUGCAACAUGAAGUGUUCCUAGAGGGAGACAUCGUCAUUCGCCAAAAUGCUCCUGGUGAUCGCAUGUUCUUCAUUGAGCAUGGACAGGUCAUUGUGGAGACACAAUCUUUUCAGAAGGAGCUGCAUGAUGGGGACUAUUUUGGAGAGGUUGCCAUCCUGACCAGAGGAAAGCAACUAGCCACAGUUCGCGCUCUGUCGACCUGCCGCCUGUUCUCCUUAUCAGCAGACGACUUUCAUCAGGUCCUGCAGGAGUUCCAUCAUACCGUGAUGGACAUGGAGAGUCUAGCUCAACAGCACUACGAGGAUUUGAAGAAACCCUCCACAAUAUCACCAGAAGGGGCACGUAGGGACAUAUACAGCAGUGAGUCCCUACAUUCAUAUUAAUAGGCAAUUUUGAUUAGUAUUACAGUUGUGGCCUAACAAAGAAUAUUUGAAGUAUCUUAUAUGAAUAGGUUGAUUUUUGUUUAUUUUACUUUAUUUAUGAAGUAUUUUUAUAUUAUUUUUUCUGUCCACUUUGUUACCCUUAUGUGAGGGUAAUAUUAGAAGGGCUUGACUGCCCACCCCCUUAUUGCUCUGGUUUCUGAUAACUUACUCCUUUUUCUUUUCUUUUUUUAAAGUUGUAUUUACAGGAAGAAAUAUAACUUUCAAUGUGAUCAUUUUAACAUAUAACAGGGAGCCAAACAACUUCUGCCUCCUAGCCUUUUUUCAUUACUGUCUCUGCAACUUUUAUCAUUAUUGUUUUGACAUGUUGAUCUUAAAAAAAAUUCCCUAAAGGAAGAAAAUAGAUUUGCGUAUUCCAAUUUUGUUCCGCACUCUGUUGGAGGUAGCUGCUGCUGUGUGAAUUUGCAGUUGUUUGAAUCAACAGUACUGAUUUUGAUAACUCAAAAUUUAUAAUGAUCAAGAUAUUCUGGUUUAACAAAUUAUACACACUAAAUUUUGUAGAGUAAUAUUCAAAUAAUAAUUUAUUUAAACAUCAAAUUGAAGUAGUAAUUAAAUAAGCCUCCUUACCAUUUAUUGUUUGCUAAAGGUGAAAUAAUUACGCUUUCCUUAAUUAUUAAUUCAUAAAUAUUUAAGACCGCACAGGUGCCGACCCCAGUGCUUCAUUAUGUGUUGUCUUUUUUUCGCCAAUUUAGUCGUUUUCUUAAAACGUUAACUUUUUCCUCAAAUUGCAUCUCGCACCUAUGUCAGAAAUGUUACUUUAACAUUCAUUAGCCAAGUUUGGAAGACAAUUAAACUUGUCAUGCUCAGGGAGUUUGUACUAGUAUAAUGACAAUACUUUUUGACAAUAAAACAAACUAACCAAAAGAAACAAAAACCAUGUAUAGCUUGUCUGCGUUCGUCAGGGACUUUGCUAAAUAAGUCUGAAUGUAGUGUGUUUGAAUCUAUUAAAGUGGCUGAGCUGAAACACGGUGCUUCCUCAAUUGAUGCUGAACCAGAGGGAUGGUAUAAGGCAGGAGGACACACCUGGACAGCUCAUGG